AUUGGUUCCAGUAAUUCUGCCGGGAAGUGCGUGCGAGUAGAGUGGUGGGAUGAAAUAUGUUCUCGGUGAAAUCAGAGCUAAAUGGCGAGGAUUGACAACUGUGAGUAGCCUGGAGCCACAAGUAUGCACGUGCAUUCAAGCGUUCUCUGCUUCCUGCUUGUUGUCGGCGUCCAUGCCGACAGCGGCGUUGAGGAAUCCAACGAGUACAUGGACAACCUGCUCUCUGAGACGUUCCCCCGCUUCAGCGGUAUUUUCGACGAGGCGCCACUCAUCGACUUCAAGAUCAAACUCAACAGGAGGCCACUAAUCAGCGGGCCAGAGCUCCUGAUCCGGGAAAGUAUGGAUCGUAGUGCCAACAGCAUCGCUCCAGCCCGCCCCGUUCGACUGCUGAACACAGGAAGGAUCCUGGCGAUGACCGACUCUGGACGUAGCUUUGCCAGUCACUGGGACGUGAAGCGUUCGGUUGGGCCCAGCGAGGACUUCGUGGAAAACGAUGAUCUGGAGAUGCAGUUGAAACACAGCCGAAUAACGAGCUUCGAUAAAAUGAAGAGACUCGGAGAUUGUUCGCCGCCGAUGCCGCAAUCGGGCAACGUCACUUUGUCUUGUUUCUUGACGUUAGAUGGAGUCAAAGCCCACUAUCUCGGAUAUAUCAAGGAGGAAUACGCAGUUACUGACAUAACAGCUACUUUGAAGAACUCCACAGCAUUCAUUGAAGUGACAUCGUUUCCAGGUGGACAACCGACGUUGGUUGCGUGGGUUGUCUCUCCGUUCGGUCUGGAGAUGAGUUAUUCCAGAAACAUCAAUAUAGCCGCCGGACUAAGGGCAAGACUGCUCAGCGAAAUCCAAAGAAGAAUCAAGACAUACGUGACCAUGUUCUUGAACAAGGAACUUAGAAAAGGUUUCGCCAAUGCUGUAAAAUUCGACCCUCUACCACCUCUCUAAAACGAGAUGGAUGUUUUGUAAAGUGUGACUAAUUUUGGAGGAGAUAAAGUGUUCUUCUGCCAAG